CCCUUUCUUUUUUUUUUUCUAGUGGCUCACUGUUCAGUGCACAAUGACUCAAUGAAAAGUGGAGGGGAGAGGCAAACACACUGUACGGCUGCACGAGAGAGAGAGAGAGAGUAGAGAACACACAGGAGAGUAGAAGAAGAGAAGCCAAUUGGAGGGAGCUCUGAAGCCAGUGACAAGAAGAAGAAGAAGAAGAGGAUAUACUUGUCUUCCCCCCCCCUUCUCUCUUUCUCUCACUGAAAGGCCACUUUGGAUUCAAGUGGCAGCCGUUCAGUCCAAGCUGAACUUCACCUGGCUGUGCUGCUGUCUGUCUCAGCCUCUUCAAGCAUUAUACUCAUUGCACUUUCCUACUACAGCAUUUUCGUCCACUUUUGGAAGAGAUCGUACUGCUGGUGGUGGAUGGUCAGUCAUCCCAGAAAGGAAGGAAGGUAAAGGAAGGGAUAGGAUCUGUCGGCUGGUUUCUGCAGUGUGGUGGAGUGCUGCAGGAGGGCAGGAUGCCUGCUGGGAGAAGCGGGGAUGGAGCUGGGUCAGUAGGCUGUGGGAUGGCGGCAGUGGCAGCGGCCCCAGGCCGGGCUUUUCGGUCUGGGCUGCGGACGAUGUUGGCGUGGGGCAUCCUGGUGCUGGUGGCAGGACGGGGAGGCGUGGAGGCGUGCCCCAAUCCCUGCAGCUGCCUGGGGAACACGGUGGACUGCCAUGGCCUGGGGAUCCACUCUGUACCCAAAAACAUCCCCAGAGGGACUGAGAGGCUUGAUCUGAACGGAAACAACCUGACAGUCAUCAGCAAGACAGACUUCUCUGGUCUCAAACACCUCAGAGUCCUUCAUCUGAUGGAAAACCAGAUCAGUAACGUUGAGAGAGGAGCUUUUGAUGAAUUGAAGGAGCUGGAGAGACUCCGUCUCAACAAGAACCGUCUCAGCCAACUUCCAGAGCUGCUGUUUCAGAAGAAUGAAGCCCUGUCUCGACUGGACCUGAGUGAAAAUUUCAUCCAGGCCAUCCCGAGGAGGGCCUUCAGAGGAGCCACGGACCUCAAAAACCUUCAGCUGGAUAAAAACCAUAUCAGCUGUAUAGAGGAGGGGGCGUUUAGAGCUCUGCGGUCUCUGGAAGUACUCACCCUGAACAACAACAACAUCAGUAGCAUUCCAGUUUCCAGUUUCAACCACAUGCCGAAGCUUCGCACCUUUCGUCUCCACUCUAACUCUCUGCGUUGUGACUGUCACCUGGCCUGGUUGUCUCCAUGGCUGCGGCAGCGGGCGGCUUUAGGCCUCUACACUCAGUGCAGCUCCCCUCCCACCCUGAGGGGCCUCAACCUCGCCGAGCUGCGCAAGAGCGACUUUGCCUGCUCAGGCCACGGCGGCAGUGCCUUCGUUCAGCCGUGCAGCCUGGCGUCCGGCUCCUGUCCUCCGAUGUGUUCCUGCAGCAACAACAUCGUGGACUGUAGAGGGAGGGGCCUCACUGCCAUCCCUGCCCACCUCCCUGAGGCCAUGACUGAGAUACGUUUGGAGCAGAAUGGCAUCAAGUCGGUUCCUCCGGGCGCCUUCACCUCCUACAAGAAGCUUCGCCGAAUAGACCUGAGUAACAACCAGAUAUCUGAGAUCGCUCCUGAUGCUUUCCAUGGCCUCCGAGCUCUCAACUCCCUGGUUCUGUAUGGUAAUAAGAUCACUGAGCUGCCCAGCGGAGUGUUUGAUGGCCUGGCCUCUCUGGAGCUGCUGUUGCUGAAUGCCAAUAAGAUCCACUGCAUCAGAGCCUCAGUGUUCAAAGAUUUGGAGAACUUGGCUCUGCUGUCGCUGUAUGACAACAAAAUCCAGAGUCUGGCAAAAGGCACCUUCAGCUCACUGCACAGCAUCCAGACACUCCACCUGGCCCAGAACCCCUUCGUGUGUGACUGUAAUGUGAAGUGGCUGGCCGACUUCCUGCGUUCAAACCCCAUAGAGACCAGCGGAGCGCGCUGCGCCAGCCCUCGUCGUCUCGCCAACAAACGCAUCGCACAGAUCAAGAGCAACAAGUUCCGCUGUUCCGCCAAGGAGCAGUACCACAUUCCAGGUACUGAGGACAAGCGUCUGAGCUAUGAGUGCAACAGUAAGCCGGUGUGUCCUGCUAAGUGUCGCUGUGAGGCAAACGUGGUCGACUGCUCCAACCUCCGCCUCACCAAGUUCCCUGAACACCUGCCCUCCUCCACUGAAGAGCUGCGUCUCAACAACAACGACCUCUCUGUGCUGGAGGCCACCGGAGCCUUCAAGGGCCUGUCGCAGCUCAAGAAAAUAAACUUGAGCAACAACAAGAUCUCAGAGAUUGAGGACGGGGCGUUUGAAGGUGCCUCCUCGGUGGUGGAGCUUCACCUGACAGCCAAUCACCUGGAGUCUGUGAAAGGGAGCAUGUUUAGAGGCAUGGAGGGACUACGUAUGCUGAUGCUGAGGAACAACAAGAUCAGCUGUAUCCAUAAUGGCAGCUUCACAGGUCUGGCCAACGUCAGGCUGCUCUCCCUGUAUGACAACCAGCUGAGCACCAUCCUGCCCGGAGCCUUCGACACCCUGCCCAACCUCUCCACACUGAAUCUUCUGGCCAAUCCGUUUAACUGUGACUGCCGUCUGUCCUGGUUCGGGGCGUGGCUUCGGAGCCGACGAAUCGUGACAGGGAAUCCCCGCUGCCAGGGCCCCGCCUUCCUCCGAGAGAUCCCACUGCAGGAUGUAGCCGUACCUGACUUCCGCUGCGAGGAUGGCUCUGUUCUGGAGGACAGCAGCUGUGCCCUGGGGGCGCAGUGUCCGAGUCAGUGUACCUGUAUGGACACAGUGGUCCGCUGCAGCAACAAACACCUGCAGGCUUUGCCCAGAGGACUUCCUCGCAACGUCACUGAACUGUAUCUGGAUGGUAACCAGUUCACCAGUGUUCCUAAGGAGUUAGUCACUUUCAAAUACCUGCAGCUUGUAGAUCUGAGCAACAACAAAAUCAGCUCCCUGUCUGAUGACUCCUUCUCCAACAUGAGCCAGCUCACCACUCUGAUCCUCAGUUACAACUCUCUACACUGUAUCCCUCCUUUGGCACUGGGUGGCCUGCGCUCGCUGAGACUGCUCUCUCUCCAUGGCAACGACAUCUCCGAGCUGCAGCAGGGCAUCUUCAGCGACGUGGCCUCCCUGUCUCACCUAGCGAUUGGAGCCAACCCUCUGUACUGUGACUGUCGUCUGCUCUGGCUGUCAGACUGGGUGAAGAGCGGCUAUAAGGAGCCCGGUAUUGCCCGCUGUGCCGGUCCCCGCGGUAUGGAAGGCAAGCUGCUGCUCACCACUCCCGCCGACAAGUUCCAGUGUCUGGGUCCGGUAGAGGCGUCUGUUCAGGCCAAAUGCAGCCCAUGUGUGGCCUCUCCAUGCCAGAACCAGGGUGUCUGUCAAGUCCACCACACAGAACUGUACACCUGUACCUGCAAGUCUGGCUUCACGGGUAAACACUGUGAGACUCCAGUCGAUGCUUGUGUCAGUAAUCCCUGCACCAACAGAGGAAUCUGUCUAAGUGACGAACAGACCAGAGGAUUCAGCUGUGCAUGUGCAUUUGGUUUCCAUGGUACUUUCUGCGAGAUGAAUGUGGACGACUGUCAGGACCACGGAUGUGAGAACGGUGCCACCUGUGUGGACGGAGUGGGCAACUACACCUGCUUGUGUCCUCCAAACUACACAGGUCUGUUUUGUGAGGAGGAGGAGGGUGUGUGUUCUCCAGGUAGAAACCCCUGUCAGCAUCAGUCCACCUGCGUCAGCACUCCAACCGGCCCCAGGUGUGUGUGUAUUCCAGGCUGGGUGGGGCCAGACUGCAGUAUAGAUUAUAAUGAAUGUGUGGACCAUCGAUGUCAGAAUGGAGCUCAGUGUGUCGACCAUCUGGACGGCUACAGCUGCGUCUGUCCACAGGGAUACAGUGGUGAAUUUUGUGAGGCGGCCCUUCCUCCCCUGUCACUCUGCCAUCUGGCUCAGUGUCAGAACGGCGCCCCCUGUGUGGAGAAGACGGGGACUGCGGUCUGUCAGUGUCUGCCAGGCUUUGAGGGUCAGAGCUGUGAGAAGCUGGUCAGUGUCAACUUUGUCGACAGAGAUUCGUACGUUCAACUCCAAGACGUCAAGAACUGGCCUCAAGCCAACAUCACACUGCAGGUGUCAACAGCAGAGGAAAACGGCAUCUUGCUCUAUAACGGAGACAACGAGCCAAUCGCUGUGGAGCUCCAUCAAGGUCAUGUAAGGGUCACAUAUGACCCUGGGAACCAGCCAGCCACUGCUAUCUACAGCACUGAGACGGUGAACGACGGGCAGUUUCACACAGUAGAGCUUGUGACCUUUAAUCGGAUGGUGAACCUGUCUGUGGACGGAGGAGAGCCGACGACUCUGGACAGUCAGGGCCGGAGCCAGCCGGUGAGGGGGGAGGCGCCUCUGUACGUAGGAGGUAUGCCUGAGGAGGUGAUGCCCGCCUCUCUGGGUCUCUCCUCUCAGACCCUCAACACAUCCAGUUUCCACGGCUGCAUCAGGAACCUCUACAUCAACCACGAGCUGCAGGACUUCACCCGCAGCCACAUGAAGCCGGGGGUGGUGCCGGGCUGUCAGGCCUGCCGCAAACUCUACUGUCUGCGCGGCAUCUGCCAGCCCAACGCUGCGCAGGGUCCCCAGUGUCACUGCCAGCCAGGCUGGACAGGACAACACUGUGACCUGCCAAUAACAGGAGGACUUACUGGAGCGGAUGUUGUCACCACGGCAACCGGUGUGAGCCCAUGUGAAGGCAGCAAGUGUGUGAAGGGUGUGUGCGUGGCAUUGGACGCACAGACGUACCGCUGCGACUGUGAGGAGGGAUAUCGCGGUGCGUUGUGUAAUCUGCAGGGGGAGCCGGCGGGUUUGUGCCAGGGUCUGCAGUGUUUGCAUGGCCAGUGUCGCGAGACAGAGGACGGAGAGCAAUGCGUCUGUGAGCAGGGAUACACCGGAGAGAGCUGUGACAUAGAGUCCCCGUGUCAAGGUGAGCCGGUGAGAGAUUACCACCGGCUGCAGCACGGGACCGUCCUCUGCCAGACCUCCAAGCCCUUCUCCUGGGUCGAAUGUCGGGGUCAGUGCCAGGCGGGAGCCGAGCCGGCCGUCACCGCCGCGUCCUGCUGCGCUCCUCUGAGGGUCAGACGCCGGCGGCUCACCUUCGAAUGCGACGACGGGACCUCGUUUACGCAGGACGUGGAGAAGCCCGUGGAGUGUGGCUGCAAGGAGUGUGUGUAGUACCGUGGGCGUAAUGGUGCGCACAUACACACAUGCAGACACACACACGUCCAAACACAACACACACACACCAAGCUAAAGAGGUACACACUGUAGGGAUUAUAUCACUGAUAAACGGACAUUUUGGUGUUUUGUUUUGUGUGUUUUUGCGCACAGACGCAGUUUUGUAACAUAAGACAGUUCUUCCCUCUCGAAACAUGAAAUCAACGAGUCAACCUCAUCGUCAUCUUCCUCCUCUGCUCCUGCUCCAGGCAGGAGAACCUGCGCGCUAACUACCUAACUCCAGCUCAUUUUUAAUACUCGUGUUGAAAAGCCUCCGUAUGCCUUCUCUCUGUGUUUCUGAUGUGUGGCUGGUUAAGUGUUGCUCCUCAUUCCCUCAAAGCUGCGACGGUGACGGACGACUUUCGCGAGAAAUAAAGGUACUAAUUUAAGCCGGGGACUCGUGUAUGAAAUAAAAGGUUUGUCAAUCAAAUUUGACGUGUUAAAAAUCCGUUUUUAUCAGCAAUGUAAUGAUUUUACCUGUCAGACUUCAUGUGCAGGUAUUUCUGAACAGCAGCCCUGAGGGCUGUCAGUUUGAUGAAGAAGCGAACUGGUGAAAUAAAAGUACAUUUUAAAGUAUUGUUGGCUGCAGACAUGGCUGCUGUUUCUCUGUUAGGCUCCUACACCGAUGAGGGGUUCAAGCACCAAGUGUUCAGUUUGUUCUUAAAGUUGUGAUUGAAGUAGUUCAGCAGUGACAAUGUGCGGCAGACUUUAUGUGCUGAUCUCACAAUAACCAGGAAGGUGAAAUCCUCAACCUGUCAGCGGCCUCACAUUUUGCGAAAUGAGCAUAAACUCUGAAACACAGAAUGUGUUGUGGAAACAAAAUAACGUGCUGAUUAGAGGUAUUUCUAACAAACAGCUUCGACAGUCUUCUGUCCAGACCUUUUCUCCUCAAAGCAACUGGAAGCUAUAGAGCUCAGCAGUGAGGUUUGGGAAAUUCACUUAAAAAAGCGGGCGCUCACCGUUGAGCUCUAUAGAUGAUAUCAGUGACAACCCAAAGUACAGAAAUAUGAAUACAGGCUAUAACUAGUUUUUUGAAAGUGUAAAUGCGCUUCUCCGAUCUCAACAUUCAUCAUGUUCAUCAGGAUAGUUCUUCACAUUCUUGAGCUUGAGCUUACUUAUUACUUACUAAGGAAUUGAUGUCACGCUCAGUGUAACAACAGCAUACAUUUGACAUAAUAUUUUGUAAAUUAAGUUUAGACAAUAAUUUGAUGAAUAUUGUGGCUUUAGGGUUAUGUCCAUUUUAAAUUAAGGAACACUUGAAUCGAAAAUGAAACCUUUGCUCAGAGUAGAAAAUAAAAGGCAUAAUCCGAAUGUAAAUAACAGUGUCACCCCACCACCAAACACAGCCUGAAGGUCAAAGGUGACAGGGUUCACGGGGGACAGCAGAGGAGUUAUGACACGUUCACAUCGCUGCUCACCAGACGCCCUUUCUGCCAGUUUAGACUGGCCGGGGGACUGGGAGCGUGUGUGUAAGUCUUGUACUUAUAUAUUUGUGAGGACCAGUUUUUAUAGACCAUGAGUAUAUUUUGUCCGUUUCUCACUUCUACAAAGGUCUGUUUCAUAGGGUUUAAACUUAUUUUUUAGAGUUAAGCUUAGAAUUACGUUUGAAUUAAGGUUAGGGCUGCAUAUCGAACCUCAUUACUGUUAUAGUACCGAAGAAAAUGUGUCUAGCUCCAGGUUUUGAAGGCUGUAAAAUAGCAAAAGUUUGCAUUGAAUAACCAGUAAGAUUCCUAAUCUUGUUUAUUUAACUUUUUAUCACUUAUAUAAAUCAGUUUUUUCAAAUGUUAUACUAUUUUCUUUAGUUCUUGUACAUUCAACAUUUAAGAAGUCUGGCUUCUUUUGUUAAACUUGCAUUCAUUCAUUAAUUUCUUUGGCCACUUGGGGGCAGCACAGUAAGCUCUCGACACAACAUUGACAUAUUAUCACCUUACAUGUAAGUUGUUGGUAAAAGUAGUUGCUUAUUUGAACAUCCAGCAAACACAGAGCAAUAAAUGGCCACUAUGUAAGUACAAUAGUAUUCAAUCUACUUUUAGCUCGGUUUUUGGUCUCCACCAACUCCUGAGAAAAAUACAUGGCCCUUCAGCUGCCAAAUGCUCCACUAUGCUCACCAGCAAAUCGCUAACUGUGUCUGUCUGCUGUUAGCAGGUAGUGUACAGUGGGUUUAUCAGAGAUUUGUUUUUCUGAAAACAGCUACAUCUGGAAUCAACGCUGAUGAGAGUGAACGAAAAGUUGCAGGCUGGGAAACCAAAACAAUGAGCUGAAAGACGCUAAACCGCUCCAUAGAGCUAAGAGGAACUGCAGAGUUGGUGAUAAUUAUCUGUGGGUUUGUCACUGCAAGCGGCAGCUUUCAAUUACACUCAGGUAUAUGAUCCAAUGUUGAUAUGAUAAUAUUGAUUAGAUGUAUCAAUAUAGAAACACAAGUAUUUCAUUAAAACAUCAGAAAAUUUCAAAUAAUACAGACCCAGGAAAGGGUUGGGAUUAUCCAAAUAGCUGCGAUGGUUAUGGUUAGGGGCUAGGGAAGGCAUUAUGUGAAUCAUGGUCCUCACAAGUAUAGAUGUGCAGUUUUGUGCGUGCGUGUUUGUCAAUGUAAGACGCUUCCAACAACAAGACGCUGUCCCUGAUAAUGAGCUUCAUUAUACGACGAUGCAGCCUGUUUGUUUGGAUCAAACGCUUCCUCUCCAAUUUCUCAGACGAGCCAGUGAACGCAUCACAGAAAUGCCACAGAAAAUGUAGCUUUUAUAUAUGAUGACAUGUUUAUUUAUAUGGAUGUGAAACUAAAAUAAAGGUGCGUAAUAUUCAUUUUUAACAUGUUUUUAUUUGUUUUUUAGCCUUUGGGUAAAAGCUGAGUUGUGUCAUAAAUCAGUUUCAAACUAAUGUAGCUUUUAUUAUUAUCAUUAUUAUUAUAACUGCAAUACAUCUACACGCAGUAACAGCCUAACAGAUUGUAAUAUAUAUUAUGAGCUUAUAAUGCAUUUGAUUUUGUCAUAGUAUUUUUAUAUGUUGAAGAGGAUGUUGUCACUGUUUCAUCUGUAGUCUGUAGAGAAAUCUUUCUUUUCAGUUGCCAAAAAAUCUUUCCAAACCGACCUCGCAUCAUUGACGGGAAUUUUACAAAAUAAGGGAAAAAAAAAAUCUGAUCGUGUUUUGGUUCAUGUUGUCUCACCUGAAAGCAGACAACAAGUAGUGCUUCUUUUUCCUAUUUAUUUAAAUAAAGAGCUGUUUCUCCUUCA